AUGGGCCAUCUGCAGAACUUCAUCUCAGGCAGGAGAGUCGACCCAUCUUCGCCACCACCUCGUCUACUGAAAUUUCGAUCCUCGAAAAUAUUUAUCCUUUCGACAAUAUGUGUCGCAGUAUUUACCGACAUCUUUCUUUACGGAAUCAUCGUACCGGUUGUGCCUUUCUCACUCACCAAGCGCGCAGGUGUGCAUGAAUCUUCGGUCCAGAGCUGGGUAUCUGUGUUACUCGCGGUUUAUGGCGCAGCAUUACUCAUUGGAAGCCCGAUUUCAGGAUGGUACGCCGACCACUCAACAUCAAGGCGUCUGCCACUGCUGAUAGGCUUGGUCGCAAUGGUUGGUUCGACGGUUAUGUUGUGCCUGGCAAAGUCGGUUGCGUUGCUGAUUGUGGGACGCAUAUUCGGAGGGCUGAGUGCCGCCAUUGUGUGGACCGUGGGACUAGCCUUGUUGGUCGAUACCGUUGGACAAGCCGAAAUUGGAGAAAUAUUAGGUUAUGUGAGCUUGAGUAUGACUCUUGGGAUUCUGGUGGCUCCCUUGUUGGGAGGAAUUGUGUAUGAGAAAGCUGGAUAUUAUGCCGUUUUCUACAUGGCUUUUGGAUUAUUAGUCUUGGAUAUUCUUCUUCGCUUAGUAUUGAUCGAGAAGAAAAUGGCUCGGCAAUGGUUAGACGACGAAGUCCCCACAUCUGCCGGCAGUUCAGAUUUAUCAAUUUCGCCUAAUCGUAAUGAGGAUGCAGUUGUUGCAGAUGCAGAUGCACGUAAUAAAAACGUUACAAACAAGGACGAGGAGAAGGUAGCACAAAGCAACCCCUUGGGUACCACCGAAGCUGCGCCAACUAGUCUCCAACAGAUCAGUAAAUGGCCUGCAAUGUUUACUCUUCUGAGGUCCAGAAGGCUCUGUGCCGGACUGUGGGGUUGUGUGGUUCAAGCAUCUCUGAUGUCAUCAUUUGACGCUAUUAUCCCCCUAUUCGUCCAAAAGACUUUUCACUGGGAUUCUGUUGGGGCAGGAUUGGUCUUUCUUGCCUUGAUGAUUCCUAAUUUCGCCGCACCUGUUGUCGGUUGGGCAUGUGAUCGUUAUGGCCCACGUUGGCCAUGUGUCGGAGGAUUUUGUUUUGCGAUACCCUUUUGGAUUCUCCUACGACUUGUCACGUAUAAUUCCUUGCACCAGAAAGUUCUUCUCUGCGCACUGCUAGCGCUCAUCGGUGUCUCCUUGACAUGUGUCAUUCCAGGGUUGAUGGCCGAGAUUACAUAUAUUGUUGAAGCCAAGGAGAAGCAGAUACCUGGUCGAUUUGGAAAGAACGGAGCAUAUGCACAAGCGUAUGGUCUCUUUGUCACUGCUUUUGCGGCUGGUACUCUCAUCGGUCCAAUCUGGGCAGGUUAUGUUCGAGACUCUGCAGGAUGGGGCACAAUGUCCUUGUCGUUGGGAUUAUUCAGUCUGACUGGUGCUGUCCCAUGUUUAAUCUGGACUGGAGGUCUAAUAACAGAUGCCAAUGCGAAGACUGCAGAAGAAAGGGCGGUCAAACCUCAAUUAACGACAACUAAUGAUCCUCUGGCUACAAAAAUGAGUGCGGAGAAUAUUGUAUAG